AUGGGAACUUGCACUCAAACCAAUAACAAAGUUCUACAUUCAGAAAAAAGCUUGCAAAAAUUGAUUUUGUACUUUUACAAUACACCUAUGUAUUCACAUCCAGACAUUGAUUGUCUUAUUAAUACAAAAUUGGAUUCUUGCAAAAUAACGCAAAGAGGACUAACCAAAACCUUAAUCGAAGAAAUUGUGCUAUUUCUUAAUUCUUGCAAAAUCCUAACUCCUGAAUAAGAUCAACUCCUCAAUCAUUUUAACUAUGUUUACCAAUAAUCUAUAAAGAAAUUUAAUCAAUUUGGAACUCUUCUGGGCAAAAUUAUAUUAAUUGUAUUAUUUUUAAUAUCAAUGAGACUUCUAUAGAAGUGUUACUAUGUUUUAAGUCUCUCGAAAAUGAAGAUUUAACUCCUGUUGAUGUUUGGUGGGUUUAAGAACAUUUUCUAAUCAGAUACCGAUUAUUGAAUGAAUAGUAUAGUGUAGAAUAUGAUUAUUUCUUGGAUACACAUUUUUUGAUUAAGUUUCUCUACUUUCUCAAAGAAUGUGUAAGAAUUGAAUUAAAAAAGUACAAUCUUGAAUUAAAUCAUUUUUAAAUCUCUAUUAGACAUGACUAAUCAGAUAUUUAACAUACAGCUAGAACUGUAGAUAGUUCAAGAUCGUAGUAAAAAAGAUUAGAAACUAUUUGA